GAGGUCGAAUUGAAGUGAAAUGGACCGGAGAAUUUAAGAAACAUAGGGGUUUCCGAAGAUGACUCCGGCAAUGCGAACAAGCAAAUGGGUGAAACGACUUUAAUAAUCAUAAGUGGAUGACUAUCAAUUCGAAAUGUGUUUGUUGGCUUAGAAAUCCCGAGGGUCGGAUUUUAGAUAAAAGAUAGAGUGGCCACCCCACUAUUUCCUUUCUAGGUAGAUUGGAUCCUUCUCUCUCUCUCUACUCGAGUAUUCCCAAACAUUAUAAUAUAUAAACCCUCCCCAGAACACUCAUCUCACCCUCACUCACCCUCGCUCACCCUCUCUUCCUCAUCGCCACCAUCCAAACCACAAUAUCCAAGCCAUGCCCUCACCCUCUCUCCCGCCUCCCGCCCACCCCGACGUCGACUCCAUGCUAACCCGCAAAUUCGGCCGCGAAGUAGCCAACUACUUCUCCGGCUCGCCUCUCAACCGCGUUUCCUUCCUCCGCGCCAACCAUGAUUUCAUCUCCAGCGCAUUCACACAUCCCGCCACCAAUUUCCUGCUUCUUAACAAUCUCGCUCCGCUGACUAAAGAUCCCAGUCACCUGGCCUACUCCUCUCACUCCGACAUCACGGGAUUGACGGGACAGAACCCAUUUGAAAAAGAUGAGGAGACGAUGAUCAAGGAGUUUAAUUCUUCAAAGACGUCGCCCUUGGUUUUAUUCCUGGGCUUGGAUGAGAGGAGUAAAGAUAAGGAAGGAUUCAAGCAUGGGAUUUACAGCGGGAUUCCGUAUUUCGCUAUCGACGUGACCCCGAAAGGAACAUACGAGAACGAAGCCAAUAGCGUGGUCAAAGCCAUGCAGGAGAAGGGAUUGGUGUUUCAAGAGGGAAGAAUGCUUAUGAGUCUAGACGCACAAGAAGCUGCGAUUUUUGCCCAGGCCAGAGCGCUUCUGGAUUGGAAUGCUAGGAAUCCUUUCUGUGGGGGCUGUGGACAACCUACGCUUUCUGUCAACGCAGGUACCAAACGCGUCUGUCCCCCCACAGAUUUCGCCUCUCUCCCCACCGCCCAAGCAGGAACCAACCCCGCAACCCCCACCCAAAGAGCCUCCUGCGCAACGCGCAAAGGCGUAUCCAAUCUCUGUUUCCCACGGACCGAUCCCACCGUCAUCAUGGCGGUCGUCAGCCACGACGGCAAACGCGUUCUCCUCGGCCGUCAAAAGCGCUGGCCACAAUACUGGUACAGCGCGCUGGCCGGGUUCUGCGAGCCCGCCGAAUCCGUCGAGGAAGCCGUGCGUCGCGAAGUCUGGGAGGAGUCCGGCGUGAAACUCGGUCGCGUUGUCAUUCAUAGUACCCAACCCUGGCCCUAUCCUGCGAAUUUGAUGAUCGGUGCUAUUGCCCAAGCGUUACCGGAUGGCGAGAAAAUUCAUCUGGAGCAUGAUCCGGAAUUGGAAGAUGCGAAGUGGUUUGAGAUGGAGGAGAUUAGGGAGGCGUUGUUGAAUGGAACGAGUCCGUUGGGAGAACCGGCUAGCGAGGGAUAUAAGGAGGGGAAUCUGAGGUUGCCUUCUUUCACGGCCAUUGCAACGCAAUUGAUCAAGGCGGUUGCGGAUGGCUUUUUGGGUGAGAGUCCUAAGAUUUAACGGGGGAAUGAGACGUUGCGAGUUGGUUACAUAGAAGUCAUGCGAGCUGGAUUAUGAGGAUAUAGAAAUUAGAAUAUUUUUGUAUUGUUGAGAAUUGUAGAUAGUCUAUGUUUAUACUAUCUAGAUGGUAAAAUUACGAUUUGAUGGCGAAUGGAUCAUACGACACUUGAAUGUCAAAACAAAGUUGAACA